CAGUACAACUUGGUGCAAAUUUAAGACAUGGUGCUGUGGGCCAGGCUGGAAAUAUUGUUAUUCCUGCUCAUACAGUAUUUGAUGAAGACUGGUCUUUUGCUGAUGGGUGCCAACAGAUCGAUUAUCCAAUCCACCAAAUGCUAAUACAGGCAAUAGU